UAUGGCAAACUGGUCGAGCGAGUUGGGGUGUAUGCUGCCUGCGCGCCUUGGCCAAUGGAACCAGAUCCUCCCUGCAGUGCGUAAGAGCGCAAUUUAGGAUUUAACCAGGUCUUUGCUGUGGAGCUGGCAGCAGUUCGAGAGAGCCCGUCGGCGAAAGCACACAUCACACAAUGCAAGUGUAGUCUUCACUCAGUCUUCAGACGUCUCAGUGGAAACAGACUUCCCUUUAACGUUGCUGCUUCGAACUAUGACUGGAGUAUUCGACCGAAGGAUUCCGAGUAUCAAACCUGCCGACUUCCAGAACCCCUUUCAGCUUUCCACCACCAUGCAUCACCCGUCUCAGGAAUCUCCUACGCUACCCGAGUCUACGGCCACGGAUUCUGGCUACUACAGCCCUGCUGGAGCAGUGCACCAUGGCUAUUGUUCGCCUAACUCCACCUCGUAUGGGAAACCGCUCAAUGCCUAUCAGUACCAGUACCACGGCGUAAACGGAUCUGCGGGAAAUUACCCUGCAAAAACAUACCCAGACUACAGCGCAUACACAGCCUCUGCUUACCACCAAUAUGCUGGAACUUAUAGCAGAGUACAACCACAACCAUUAAGUCCGCAAGAAAAAGAGGUAGCAGAACCUGAAGUGAGGAUGGUAAACGGAAAGCCCAAGAAAAUUAGAAAACCAAGAACAAUCUACUCCAGUUUUCAGCUCGCCGCCCUGCAGCGGAGAUUUCAGAACACACAGUACCUCGCGCUGCCUGAGAGAGCAGAGCUUGCCGCUUCGUUGGGACUCACGCAAACGCAGGUGAAAAUAUGGUUCCAGAACAAAAGGUCGAAACUGAAGAAAAUCAUGAAGAAUGGCGAACUCCCACCGGAACACAGCCCGAGCUCCAGCGAUCCCAUGGCUUGCAACUCUCCUCAUUCACCCGCCGUCUGGGACACGCAGGGCCCGUCCAGGCCUCACAGCCACCAGGCACAGAACAACAACUCGGCGGCAUCAACCUUUUUGGAAAACUCCGCCUCUUGGUACUCCGCGGCUGGUGCCAUGAAUUCUCACCUCCAGACCCCCAACUCGAUACAGCACUCUUUGGUUCUCGAAUCGGGGACGUUAUACUGAAACCCAGUUCAACAAAUAUUUCAUUGUAUGGGACUCGUGUUUAAAAGAUUCAGAGGAAUAUGCAAUGUAUUGAUGACAGUCAUAGAAGAACGUGUAUAAUGUGUAAAUGUGUGCAUGUAAUUUAUUGCAUUUUGGAAGACUAAUUAAACGUUUUAAAUGGACAAUGGAACCCAGACACUUUCAAUGGCGCCCUCCUGAAUUACCACUUUAAGGCAAUUGUUUUGCUGAUACCCACAAAUCCCUCAUAAUUACUGAUAUAGCAUGUAGGCCCAGAUAGGCUAUUCGCACUGAAGGACUCCAUAACAUAACAAUAUAAGCCUACUUUCUGUGAGACACUUUACAUCCAUGUACAACUCAAACUCGAGUUUAAUUGCCUGGACUGCCUGUGUGCCCAUAUUUGGUCAGUGGUGCAAAGUAGUGAUUCACUUUAAAUAAUAAUUUGGCCACACAUCUAUCAACAAUGAGAUGGGUCUAAUGACCUUGGGCUAAACAGUUUCAUUUUCAACAACCACGGAAUUCUCAGGGGGAGUUACCUUCAGGUAUCUCAAAAGGUUAGGCUAGAUUUAUUUCGUGUCAUGUCAAGUUAUUCAUUUGAAAACUACAACCUGUUUUAUGGUUGUGUGCUUAUAAUGCCCAUAGUAAAUAGUUUUCAGCGGAUCCAUAACCGACUAAACAGAAGCUAUAUCGAAGAGAGAAGCAUCAUUGAGUGUAUAAUAAUUAACAUUUUUGAAGGAAGUGUUUUGAAUUACAAUUGAAUUUGGAUGGAUUGCUUGCAGGUAUCAUAUCAUAUUCAUCGCUUUGAAAUAUUUAUUUCUGAAAGACAAAUACCCAAGGAAUGGCAUUAUAUUGUUAACUCUAUUAAACGGUCAUAAGAAAACAUAUAAUUU